AGUUGAUUACUGGGACUGAAGAAAAGUCUUUCCUUUCAUCCAUUUAUUUAUAUCGCUGAAAGAAGAAAUAAGAGACUCAAGGAUCAUCUCCUUCCUUUUUUUUUUUGUGACGAAAUGGCAUGACGAUCGUGCGUCACGACGCGUGUUCGUGCCCAUAAGAGGAUGGUAGCUAUAGCGAAAUCCUAUCUAAUCGAUGGAAGUCGUUACACAUACACACGCACUUGUCGACCGACUUCGCAAACUUUUACUUUCCAAACGGAAAUAGUAUGCCGGCCACGAAGAUUCGCAACGAAAUGUCUCGCCUGUGCAGACACGUGCGUUCCAGCGGAUAACGCGAAAGUGAAAAUGGGGCUGUUGCGAGCGAUCGAUUCUUAGCGCGAAGUUUGCGGUCCAUUGAUCUCUCAGCUUGUUUUCUUCAACGUGAGACAACGAUUAAAUUUCUUAAGGUCACUUAUACACUACGUAGAGACGCUCGUUCUACGACAGGAAUGAAAUGUCGACACAAAGUCGCCUGUUUUUUACGUCAUGUGCUCCGAAAGAAAGCAAAUAUAAUAUACGCGACAGUGUUUGACAUGGGAGCGGGAUUAUCAAACACGAGGAGAAUUAAUUUUCGACGGAUAAUGUCGAUAAAAGAGAAUAAACGUUAAAACUCGAACGAGUGAAACAAUUUUUCGACGAGUGCGGGCUGAAAUUAUUACCGCUGAGGAUCGCGCCUGUCCCCUUAUGAUCGGCGUGGAAUUAAAAUCCGUGGGAUUUAAAUUAAAAAAAUUCAACAGAAAAUUUCGAAAAGAAAUCUAGGCAUCGCAAAACAUUGCAAAACGUCGCGCGAUGGGCCGGAAGCAAAAGCGCCGCCUGAUACCGGAACAGGAUCGUAGAAUUUGCGGCAGCAUAUGCUUCUUUCAGUUCACCUUUGUCAUCAGUUGCGUGGCUUUGGUUUAUCUCAGCGUCGCGAUCUACGCGCCGUCGUACAGAGCUUUCCACAUCGGCAUCGAGCCGGAACCGGUGAUGUGCCAAACCGUUAACGCCACGAUGGUGAAUAAUUGCGGCUGGGCGAGUUGCGGCGAGUGGUGCUUGACGAAGACGAGCGGCUUUUGUCCGCAGCUCCACGCGACCGUCAGACGUAACGGCACCGACGUAAUUUUUGAAAAUUGCACUCAGUUCAACACGAUUGCGUGCCCUCAGGUGAACAUGGGGAGCAUGAAGAGAUACAAUUGCAACAACGGCAGCGAGUGCAGCAUGUUGACCGGGGUGUUCAACUGCAGUCUCGGGCAUUGUUCGAACAUGAGCGAGCUAAUGCUCUGCCAUCACAAGGCUGACGGUAUCAUCAUCGACAGCGACAAGGACAAUAUGAAAUUGAACGGCUUUUUCAGCUGUCAGCAUUCUAGAUGCACAAAAAUCAAGAACGCCUUCACUUGCGAUCGAUACUGCCCGAACAUCUCCACCAACAAUAGUAACGUGUACCUAAUGCAGGGUGAUAGUAUUAUAUCAGCCAGAUGCUCCCGUGGGAUGGCCUUGAACAAAGCAAACGGUAGUCUGCCAGGUAUCAGAUUAGACGAGCCUAUUAAAAUCUGGGAUGAGCGAAACGGCAGUAUCGUCACGAGCUGCUUCGCAGUUACGAAGAACGGCAGCGUCAUCAGCACGGAGGAUUGCGUGAAUGGCACGUUAUUAAGCAGGAUCCCGGUUCCCGUACCGUCCAUUAACUUCACGAGCUUCCUGAAAAUCUAUGAGAAGAGCCUACAAUAUCCAGCGGAUCCCACAAACGCCUAUGUCCCGGCGCAGCAAUCUUUGACAAUUUACAAUAGCUCGCGAUUGUAUAUCAAUCUCGAGCGUUGUGUAAACACUUUAAGGGGCGAGUGCAGACAAUUCCUGCUCACCCAUGGUCAAGAUGGUGACAAUCAAACCGCGCAGAGCAGAUACCCCUGCUAUUACAACAAGAACGACUCGUUGUUCGUGGUUGCACGUUUCGACCUGAAGAAGACACAAAUGGAGCUGUUGAUCGCCGUCAUCGUGCCGGCUGGGCUCUUCAUCAUCAGCGUGAUCACCCUGAUUAUCAUUUCGCGGUCCGUGCAAGUGGGAGAUGACGCGAAGAUGCGAUGCAGAUAUUGCGCUGACAAGCAGGAAAUUGAGGGCGAGGACGAAGGACUCGUGGAGGCAACGUCCUCCGCGACGCAAAGUCAGGGCAAUGAGAACGAGAUCAGAAGUAUGACUCUUUAGCAGUACAAGCCGCUUGGCAUGGGCACUGUGCUGGGUUACGAAAGGCUGCCACUGAUCGACAUGGACGACGCUGAGGAUUCCUUUUAAAAAAAAAA